AUGCGCCUCAGCAACGCUGAUGCUGAGGGCAUGUACCAAGAAACCCGCGUGCAGAAUGAAGUCGCUAUCCUUACCCUCGCCUCGGCGGCUCUUCGCCACAUCAAGCCCAACAUCGUCCCCCGCGUCUUCGGCUGGGGUGGUGCUAGUCAAGGGCGUUUGGGCUGGAUCUUGCAGGACUUGAUGCCCGGAGUACCGCUUGAUAACGUGUUUAGCCCAACCGCGUCCCUGGAACAAAAAACCGCGGUUCUGAGGCAGAUGGCGGCUAUUCUGAAGGCACUACAAGACUAUCCGCUUCCCAAGAGCAUUCAGGGCUGGGGAGGGUUGACUUUUGACAGCAACGGUGCCAUUGUCAGCGCGCCUAUGCCUAGCGUCGGUGCCGGGCCAUGGUCUUCCCUCGAAAAUUCCUACCGAGGCCGACUCAAAGCCGCACUCGACAAGGCAGAUAAAAACCCGUAUCUAAAGGGAUGGCGGCCGAACGACAUCAGAGACCGUGUCGAUGAUUUCAUCGAGCGUGGCUUAUCAGCACAAUUCUCUGACCUGACAUCUAGCCAUGACAGGGCUAUUAUACACGCAGAUUUCACCUCGGACAAUCUCCUCCACGACCCUGCGACAGGCCUAGUCACAGCGCUCCUCGACUACGACUUCAGCACUAUUCUACACCCUGCCUACGAGUUCUUCCGCUCUUUUAGUCCCAACGGCGGUCGAUUUACUGGCUGGAUCGCCGACUCAGACCCAGAGGGACAAGAGUUGUUAGAACUUCGGAGAGCCAAGCUGACCGGAAAGUUUCCUUCACCUCUUCCAACACCUAGAGAGACUCCCAAUGGUCCAGGGGUUGAUUGGGAACUUGCGCAGGCGUGGGAGAAUGAGCUGCAGAGAAUAAAUGUCAAGCGGCCUAGCACCAUUCAGGGCAUCGACAAACUUGCUGAUGUAGACGAGCUCUUGGGAUCCCUGACACCCUGGAGAUUGAUCAAUACUGACUUUCUGAGGAUGAAUACGGAUGAGGGCCAGAGAAUGGCUUUGAGACGUAUGGGUGAAGAGCAGCUUGUAGCCGUGUUGGAUCAUCUUGGGUUCUAG